AUGGACCAAGGUUGGAUUCUUGUGUGGAUCACCUCCUGUAUAACUUUUUUGGGAUGUUGUGUCAUAUACACCGAUGUCCUAUACGCCUUUUUCUUCCCCAAGAGAGCUACACUCAAACCGUUCCAUAUCUCCAAGGACACCAACUUCCUUAUUUGCUCCUUGGCCCUCUCCUCAGGGUCACUUCUUUUCACCUCCUUAUCGAAACUUCUCCCCAAGGCUGGCUCCUAUUUGGGCUCCGUUCCUCGUUUGCAUGACAACUACAAGUUGCUCACCAGUGUCCAGUAUGGUUGCUACAUGUUGGGCAUCCUCAUUUGUUCACUCUUGAACCUUAUCAUCCAUUUGAUGACUAGUGAGAGUUUGGUGCAUUGUGCACAUGACGACGUCGAAGGCGCUGGUCAUAAUCAUGGCCAUGGCCAUGGCCAUGGCCAUAGCCAUGCUGCCGAAGAUCAUAACCACAGUCAUACUACCGAAGAUCAGAAUCAUAGCCAUCAUAGUGUACAUUCUCACACCCAUAACCAUUCACAUGGCCAUUCCGAUCCCCCCUAUGGAUCUACACCAUCGUCUCAUAAUCAAUCACCUCUAGAGGAACAUAAGCUAGUUGAAUCUCCUGAAUCGUUGGAUAUCAAUCACGUGGAAACAAAGUUACAUGACUAUCACCCUUCAAAUGCUCCAGCAAACCCACAAAGACCCCCAGUGGCCACCUUGCAUAAUGAGCUCGAUAAGAGGAAGACAAUGUCGUUGAUGGACUUGUCGUUGAAAAAACUAAAAGGUGAAACAAUGACGGGUGAAUGUUUUGGCGAUAUAAAAUGUUUUGAUGAUAUCUUGCUUUCCAACAAAUUACAUAAAACUCACAAUGGGUUACAUUUUUGCUCUAAACCAAGUGAGGAGAAUUUGCUAUUUUUCCCCGAUGAUCAUAACAAUAGGCACAUGAUCACCGACCGUAAUGAAUUUUACAAAAGAUACCCAACUCUUGAUAUUCAAUCCCCCUUGAUUUCAAAUUCUCAACCUAAUUACAGCUCUUUCCAAAAUUCAAACGAUGAAACCUUUUCUCAUAACAAGUUAAACAGUCAUCAUGAUAGUCAUGAUGUCCAUUUCCAUGAUAAUGACGAUCUGGAUGAUUCCAGUAUAAGUGAUGAUGAGGAGAUCCAUCAUCAUCACAUCAAGACCCCUCUCUCGAGACUAUUGUCCAUUGGUUUACAGACCAUUUUGGCUAUUUCGUUACACAAAUUCCCAGAAGGAUUCAUCAUGUAUGCCACCUCUAAGUCGAAUCCUGAACUAGGCAUGUCGAUUUUCUUGUCCAUGUUUAUACAUAACUUUGUUGAAGGCUUCACAAUGACUUUGCCCCUCUACAUUGCAUUGAACUCACGUUUAAAGGCACUCUUAAUCAGUGGUACUUUGGGAGGAUUGAGUCAGCCUGUUGGCGCAAUGAUUGGUUACUUUAUGUUUAGAGGAAGCCCACAGGGCGGCGGAGGUGGUGACGACAGCGAUGGUAUCAGUGUUUUGCUGAUUGCUGUAUUGUUGGCCAUCACAAGUGGCUUUCUAACGUUUAUUGCGCUACAAAUGUUUGCAAGUGCCAUUGGUUUUGGUGGUGGUCAAGAAAAAGUAAUGAAGUGGUGUUUUGUUGGUAUUACUUUGAUUUGCUUAAGUGAUCUCAUUUGA